AUGUCAACUAUAGAAGGGUUCAAAUGUUACAACGAUUUAUAUGAGGAAGACGACGAGGAAGAGUACGACGACGACCUCGAUGACGAAGAAGUAGCAAGUCCCAGAGAACGUACUGCCAUCGAAGAACAGUGGGACAAUUCGGCAGGAUUCGAGUUGACCAGUGUCGAACAAGAAACUUACGAGAAGUAUUUCUAUGGUACAGAACACUGGAAUUAUUUCACCAAUGAUGAAGAUUUGGGACCAGUGAUAUUGUCGAUAAAGCAAGAGACUUUGAAUGGAAGAGAUCAGUUUAGGAUAUUGGUGAGGGCCAUAAGUUACACGGUGCAUGGGCUGAUACCGGCGUCUUGCGUUUUUGCAGACAGGUAUAAUCGUGAAGAAGUAGUCCGAUCUCUUGGCAAAGAGGUCAACAUCAAUCCACCUCUGGUCCUUGGUCAGUUACCAGAUACUCCAGAAGAAUUGUUAAAAUUGGACCAAGUUUUUAUCAAAAGUGAACUAAAAGUUGGUGUCAUCUAUGUACGAGAAGGCCAAUAUACUGAAGAAGAAAUUUUGGAUAAUAAUGAUAAUUCGCCGUUAUUUGAUGAAUUUUUACAAGUCUUGGGAGAUAAAGUUAGAUUAAAAGGUUUUGAUAAAUACAAAGGCGGCCUGGACACCGUCCACGAUUUGACAGGGCUGUACUCGGUUUACACGAAUUGGAGAAAUAUUGAAAUAAUGUUCCACGUGUCCACACAUUUGCCUUAUGAAAGACAUGAUCCUCAAAAAUUACAGAGAAAACGACACAUAGGGAACGAUAUCGUUUGUGUCGUGUUUUUAGAAGCCGAUAAUACUUCGUUUAGUCCUGCUUGUAUUAAAAGUCAUUUUUUGCAUACGUUUAUUUUAGUUCGAGUAUCAGCCCGCAUAAAACGAAGACCCACUCGGUACGAAGUCUCCGUUGUGACCCGCGAUGAGGUUGGAGCCUACAAACCAUACCUUUGGGAGCAAAGUGUAUUCAACAAAGGUCCAAUGUUCAGAGAAUGGCUCCUAACUAAAAUAGUUAACGGAGAAAGAGCCAGUUAUUCGGCCCCAAAAUUCGCCAGAAUGCAGGAACGCACCAGAUCGCAGAUGCUGGAAGAUAUUGUCGCCAAUUUGGCUAACCAUGCGGAGACUGGACAAAUACCCAAGCCUUAUAGAAGAGGUUCGUGGCGACCAAUAGGUCACAUGCGACCUAGUUCACCACUUUUGGACUCCGUGAGGGAUCAAUUCGAGGAUUAUGAUGAAUUGGCUAAAGAUUUUACGAGAAUGUUCCUGAAUAGUGAAGCAAAUGCUCUGGCCAAUGGUCAAUUGUUUGAUGUAGUAUUCAUGGUAGGCCAGUCUAAACAGAAAGUCAAGUUUAUUGGAGUCAGAGCCAUACUUGGAGUUAGGAGCAGGGUGUUCCAAGAGAUGUUGUACGGUAUCCAAACUGGAUUUGGAUCACCACAAGUACCCGUGGCAGAGCUUUUAGCCCGUCCUGUUCCGCCUCUGCUUUCUCCGCAAGCAGCUCGACCGAAAAGCAGUAACUUUUUGCAAGUGCCUGAUAUAGAAUCGCCCAGACCAAAGAGUGUACCUAGUUCUCCGAUGGUAAAACGCGCCUUCUCUCGCCUUGGAACUAUAACUGCAGGCUGGGGCAGGUCUAUCAGGAAGCAGCAUUCGCAAUUGCAUGCUGAUGAUAAGAAAAAGUGGGCCAGUUCGCACGAUUGUUCUAAUAAAGAAUCCAAAGACGGCAGCAAAGACAAGUCUGCUCUGCAACCUUUACCAGUGCCUCGUCUCUCGGUCUGUGCAGAUGCUCAAAAAGUAGACAGAGCCAAAUUAGCUCAGACUGAAUUUUCGAUUAUUGAGUUCGACCCUGACACAUUCCGAGUACUUCUGGACUACCUGCAUACUGGUAGUUGUCCUUUGACCUGCGCUACGAUACCUGGUCUGAUUUGUGCAGCUGAACAUUACGAUUUACCUGAACUUUUGCAGGCGUGCUUCCAUCAUGCGAAACAGUUUUUGAGGAUCGAUGUGGUAUGUGUGAUGCUGAUCUCCCUAGAGAACUACUACUGGCGUUACACAUCAGCUUCUGAACUGGUCAAUAUGAUCCUUGCAUUUGUGGAAACCAGGGCGUACGCCCUAUUUCAGUGCCCUGAAUUUUUAUCUCUGUCCGAAUCCAUGGUGCAGAUGAUAAUGGUUAGAAAUCUGGAAAUACCAGAAGUUAGAAAAUUUGAAGCAAUGCUAGCUUGGUCCAGGCACAAAGUCAGGACGAAAGCAUCCUGUAAGGAUGCCAAGGUAGAAUUCAAGUGUACUAUGGAAAGAUUGGCAAGGGAUCUAAAGUUGUAUAGAAUAACGCCUCAAGAGUUGAUCAGAGUUGUGUUACCUACGAAAACAAUUAAAAACGAAAGGAUUCUGGAGACUUUGAUGUACCAGGCGAAUUCUGGUAUGUACAGGAUACAAGAUAGUUACUUGGAAGCUUGUCAACAGAGACUGCAGAAACAGGAUUCGAGGUUUUCGGAGUGGGAAAGUUUUGAUUAUGGAUUGUAA